CAGAAGGCGAGAGCGAAAUGCACCACGCAGAGAAGGCCACAUCGAGCCUUCACAGGUUUCAUCGUCCGAGACUCGUGGUGCAAUUUGCUGGAAUGGGCAGGAUCGCACGAGGCGCUGCAAGAUCCUUCUACGACAACAACUGCGUAUACCGAAAAACGUUUGAGGAGGUUUCGAUGCGCUUCAGCCAGCAAGACCCUGCAAUAGACCUCGUACAAGCCGUCUAUGGCAACGCAAGCCACGGUGAAAUUGAGCCAAACGCGCUAGAAACAAGCACCGCGACUGCCCAGCCGGCCCUUUUCGCUGUCUAUUAUUCGCUGUGGAAAGCGACGACGUCUUUGCUCCGGCAAUCUGUCGACAUCGUCUUUGGGCACAGCUUUGGCGAAAUCGCUGCCGCGUGUGCUAGUGGCAUGCUGAGCCUCGAAGACGCCGUCGAGCUCGUAUAUGUCCGUUCGAGGUGCUGCGAAGCGACGUCGCGACAUUGUCCGGGGGCAAUGCUCGCCGUGCGGUGCACCAAAGCCAACCUCGUCCAAAGCGGGAUUCUGCAACCAGCUUCGGAAAUUGUGAUCGCAGCAGAGAACGCAGAAGAAGCUUACACCAUCAGUCUGCCUGCUGCAGAGCUCGAAUCAGUCGAGGCGCGGCUUCGUGCGGCAGGGAUUCCCUUUCGACUACUCAAGACUCAAUCAGUGGCUUUCCACCAUCCCAUGCUGCACCGUGACUCUGCGCUUCCCCUGGCUGCUGUCGACGAAAAGCUGGCGCGCUUGGCCGUGGACAGGGCAAAGGAGGCGCCAAGUGCAUCCAAGCUUGAGGACGGCACUGACAAGCCGUCCUUCGUCUCAUGCUCGCGUCCAACGGCACCCGAUACCCUGCCUUCGUGGCACCAGCACCUCUGUCAGCCGGUUCACUACGCCCGAACUGCAGAGGCGGUCCUUUUUGCCCAAACUUCGCCUCUCGGCCGACGUCGUGAGGAGACUAAAGCGGCAGUCGUGCUCGAGAUUGGCCUUGGCGCCGAAUUGAGUUCCCUGACAAGACGACGAGCAUUGCACAGCAACGCGGCGAAUGUCGCAGUACCGGUUGAGGCAGUAUCGCUCUUUGGAUCGCAGGGCGACGACUGCUUCGUGGAGACAGUCAAGAGGCUCUUUGAGCUGGGCGUCGAUGUGCAGUUGCCCGUCUCUCUGGCCACGAGGAGGCAACCGAUACUGGCGCUGAAUCGAAGGCGCUUCUGGCCAGAAGUGCGAUCGACAAAGGCCAGUCAUAUUCAAUAUCGACCCCAGCAUGCAGCAGCGCUAGAGAAAAGAAGCGAGGAGGCGGCAGCACCAUCCUUGUCUUGGAGCAGACACCAGCGAGCUGAGCGGGUGCAAACAGGGCGAGGUUGGGCCGAACACCACCUGGUCUGCGAUGAGGAGCAACGAGACCCCUUUUCGAUUGCUGCUUGGCUGUCCAGCCUACUGUCUCGACGUUCAGGUGAAAGAACCUGCUACAUCUUCCAGGACAAGCAGCCGCUCAGCUCGUCGGGAAACGCCGAUGUCGUCCUCACGGCUCGCGCGUCACCCGGCCAGGCAGGUUUCACCGUCUCCGUCACGUCCCUGGAGCAGCAGUCACACGACGGUGGAGGCGCAUUCAAGCACCUCGAAGCAACUCCAUUGGCGAACCUCGAUGAGCUUCCCGCGUGGAUCAAUGCGUACGAGGCAUCCUCCACGUCUGCAGAGCCUUCGAACGUUCAUCUCCUCGAUGUGCCCAACGCAGGAAACGAUGUUGUGUACCUGUUGCAAACGAGCUCCACCGCAUUCGAAGCUCUGUUGAGCUGCAGUGCGAUGCCGUCAAUGUGGACAUGCCUGGUCAACAUUUUCGCAAGUCUCGGCCUUGACAAGGCCAUGACACCACUACUUCUUGAUGUCGCAGCUUUGCAGGAAGGAGCUGCAGAAGAAUCUGAUGCGCUGCGCGUCUCAAUUGUCAAGAGGGACGACGUAUGGCGCGCAGUAGUGCGCACCGUCGAUGGUGAUCUCGUCUGCGCUCUGCAAUCCGCCGCGUCAACCUUCGCCCCUUCAGCCAGCGAAAAGAGUACAAGCACACACGGCAGCCCGGCGCUGACCAGCUCUUCAUUCGCUCCAAGCUCGCCUGGUCUCCAGGGGUCCGGUUCCUCGUGCUGCAGCUCGGUGUCCAGCCUUUCGAGUUCAAUCACUUCCCAUUUCUCGAGCCAAACGACUUCGCACAUACCCAAGCUUCCAGGAGCAGAUCUGAGCAACGCAAGCAGUGAUGCAUUGAGCACCCUUGUCGGCGCUGCCCUUCGACUAGAACCAGAGCGGAUCGAAAGCAAGCGACAGCUGGGAGACUACGGCCUCGACUCAUUCAGGGCCACGCAUCUGUCUGAGAUGCUCGAUGCUCGCUUCGGUGUAGACGUCAGCCACGUGAGCUUGCUCCAAGACAUGACGCUGAGCAGGCUUCGUGACCUUGUCUCUUCCAGAUGAUCGGGACCCUCUCGUCCGCCUCUGUCAGCAUGAUCUGGUCAUUUGCCUCUCCCGUGCCUAAACACGAGGCAUGCCUCGUGAGGCGACCAUGCUGUACUGACCCCCC